UCAUCACCGCAGAGAGAGAAGAAACGAAAAUUGUGAGGGCUCUCGACGGAAACGUGCCCCAAUCUCUCCGAGCAACAACGGGUCUGAGCUUCCCGCCUCCAUUCCGGCGUUCAUCUCCGGCUACGAUCCAAAUGCACCACAAAGGAGCCAUGAGGUUAAGUUAAUUAGGCAGGCUGGUUGCUAAUACGGCAGGCAUGAGCUUGGCUGCAGAUUCUCCACUGCAAUCCUCAAGUAGUGAUGAUUUUGCAGCACUUCUUGAUGCAGAGUUGGAUACAGUAUCUUCAGAUGCAUCAGGUGGUCAAGAAGAUGACGACGAGGAUUUUAACAUUGAGAGUUUCAGGAUCAAAAAGCGUAAAGUGGAUGAAUUGGAAAAUGUAGAGGAUCUUCAGGGGUCAACUUCAGUUGGAGCCUUACAACAAGAAUUAGAUACUUCAAAAGAGGACAUAUGCCCUCCACAUCCUGGCUUUAUAAGAGAAAUGUGUAUAAGAUGUGGACAACGACAGGAAGAUGGUUCUGGAGUAGCAUUUGGGUACAUUCACAAGGAUUUGAAACUUGGGAUGGAGGAAAUUGCUCGACUACGUGGCGCAGAUCAUAAGAAAUUAUUGCAUGGUAGAAAACUUUACUUGGUCCUGGAUUUGGAUCAUACUUUGCUUAAUUCUACCCGGCUUAUAGAUCUGUCACCAGAAGAGGAAUAUUUAAAGGGCCAAACAGAUUCCUUGAAUGAUGUUUUAAACGGAAGCCUUUUCAGAUUGGAUUCUAUGACCAUGUUGACAAAGUUGAGGCCCUUUGUACACACUUUUCUGAAAGAAGCAAGUAGCAUGUUUGAGAUGUACGUAUACACUAUGGCGGAACGUUCCUAUGCUUUGGAAAUAGCAAAACUCUUGGAUCCUGGAGGAGUGUACUUUAGUUCUAGGGUGAUAUCACAAGAUAAUUGCACUCAAAGGCACCAGAAGGGCCUUGAUGUGGUGUUGGGGGCAGAAAGUGCUGUUGUGAUCCUUGAUGAUACGGAGAUUGUAUGGCAGAAACAUAGAGAAAACCUUAUUCUGAUGGAAAGAUACCACUACUUUUCUUCAAGUUGUCGUCAGUUUGGCUUCAGUGCUAAAUCCCUUUCUGAGUUGAAGAGGGAUGAAUGUGAAUCUGAAGGUGCACUUGCAACUGUUCUUAAGGUUCUGAAACGCAUCCACGAGAUGUUCUUCAAUGAGUUGGUGUUUGGUGCAGAUCUUGAAUCAAGGGAUGUGAGACAAGUGAUGAAAGCAAUAAGGCAAGAUGUUCUGAAGGGGUGUAAAAUAGUCUUCAGCCGUGUAUUUCCUACCAAAUUCCAUGCAGAGAAUCAUCAGCUUUGGAAGAUAGCAGAGCAGUUAGGAGCCACAUGUUCAACUGAACUUGACUCAUCUGUUACCCAUGUGGUCUCAACUGACACUGGUACAGAGAAAGCCCGCUGGGCUGUGCAACAUAAGAAGCAUUUAGUUCAUCCUCAAUGGAUAGAAGCAACCAAUUAUUUUUGGGAGCGACAAUCUGAAGAAAAUUUUGCAGUUAAGAAGAACAAGUGACCUGAAAAAAGAAAAUUUCUGGCCUCGGGUUGGUGGAACAGAGCAAACCUGUAUACUUACCUUCCUUACUCUUUUUUUAUUGGUCUUUCAGGUUAGUGGUUUUAAUCUGGUGGUAGCUUCAAAGGGUACAAAAAUUUUAGUUGGGUUGAGUUCCUGAAUGGGGACUUUGCGGUUCUCUUUUUCUCAACUAACCUUGUCUUUGUAAGUAUCAAUGCCAUUGUUGUAAGGGUUGCAUAGUUACAUGCAUCUUUUUGACAAUUAGAAUUUAACAAAUCAACUAUACAGUUUGGGGCA